AUUGGGCUUAGACCUGAGACCAGCUAAGCUGUAGCCCAUGAGUUGUGAAGAAGGAUUGCAGGGGAGGCGCGUGCCAUUAAAAUUAGACCAAAGCCAAUGAAUGGCAUUCUUACCAACCUAACCUAUUAAGUAUUAACGCACAACACAGCGUUCACAUAAAUCUCCCUUUUUCUUAAAAAAAAAUUAAACUAGUAAAUAAAAGUAAUCAACAAAGCCGCUACGUCAACUCGCACUCAAAGAUGCCCUUCCAAACAAACGGCCACCUGCGCCGUUAAAGAACACCUCAACACUUUCAGCGGUCAGGUGAUUGCCUUCGUAACGGAGCUUUAACGGUUUCCGUUGCCUACCCCCCACAAAAAAACCACCUGAGUCAAUUCGAGUCAAAGCAACCGCACCACUGCUCUCUCUCUAAUCUGUUCCGAAACACACAAAAUCCGAAACCCAUGUCCUAACCGCGUUUCGGAUUCGGACACUAAAUAAAAUUAAAAUUAAAUUGGAAUAACAAAACCGGACCUAGCCGCUCGAAGCCUUUACCUUCUCUCCGAAUCGGCCAUGGCUGGGAACCAGAGCUUUGAAGCUCCCGAAGCAGAGAAGGCUGAGCCGAACCCCGAGUCUGAUUCGGGGUCGGAUUCCGACUCGGCCGAAUCGGGCUCUGAGGACGGAGAGGGACUCAGUGACUCGGAGGGAGUUGGAGCUGCUGAGUUGGGAGAGCCUCGUGAAUCGGAAACCCUAGCUGUGGCUUCGUCGAUUACGGAGAGUGGUUCGCAGUUACUCUCAGGUUCGGCGCUCAAUUCUACUUCGCAGUCGCUUGCCUCGGUUGAAUUCAAGGAGCAAGCUGGGGUGUGUCAUCAAGAAGUUCGGACUACUGUAACAGCCCAGACCACUCAUGUCCAAACAAAGAAGCAACUUCAGUCAUCUGGUUGUCCAACUUCGUCAGUGGAAUUAUCACCAACUUCUGUUACCCAGUCUAUUCAAUCGGCUCCAAGUCCAACAAUACUAGAACAAAGGCCAUCACCAUUUCCAAAGGUUAACAGUGAAUGUAUGCCAGAAGGGAACCAGAAAAAUUCUUCUGACCUGAAAACUAUAUCUACUGUUCCUUCUGUGAAGACACCUUCUGCAGAUGGCUACAAUUGGCGGAAAUAUGGUCAGAAGCAGGUAAAGAGUCCUAAAGGUUCUCGAAGCUAUUACAAAUGCACAUAUUCUGACUGUUAUGCUAAAAAGAUUGAAUGUUGUGAUGACUCGGGCCAAGUGAUAGAAAUUAUUUAUAAAAGUCGGCACAAUCAUGAUCCGCCUCGGAAGAUUAACUGCAUGAAAGAAGGCAAGCUUUCACCAGUUGGGCCUGUUACAGGGAAUAGUACUACAGCUGACCCAGUAAGAAUGCUUAAUGAUUCAGAUCCAUCUACAUCUUCAAAAGAACCUGUACAAGAAACACCACUGAUACCUGAAAGAAAAAGGCCAAAUUCAGAUGCUUCUGAUGAGAAUCCUGAAAUUAAGGUUAAGGAGGAGCAUAUUGAUGAGCCGGAGCCUAAACGGAGCAGAUCGAAGAAAAGCAGCUUAGGGAAUUCAGGUUCUCACUUUAAACCUGGAAAAAAACCUAAAUUUGUUGUGCAUGCGGCGGGUGAUGUGGGGAUCUCAGGUGAUGGCUACAGAUGGCGCAAAUAUGGACAAAAGAUGGUGAAGGGAAACCCUCACCCCAGGAACUAUUACAGAUGCACUUCUGCUGGAUGUCCUGUUCGUAAGCAUAUUGAGACAGCCAUAGAUAACACCAGUGCUGUCAUAAUAACAUACAAGGGGAUACACGACCAUGACAUGCCUGUACCAAAAAAGCGACAUGGCCCACCAAGUGCUCCCCUUGUUGCGGCUGCUGCUCCUGCUUCCAUGAACAGCUUGCAGUUUAAGAAAACUGAAGCUUUCCAAAAUCAAAUAUCUUCAACUCAAUGGUCAGUGGACAUGGAAGGUGAAUUGGCAGCUGAGGAAUUGGAUCCAGGAGGGGAGAAAGCCAUGGAAUCUGCUCGAACUCUCCUGAGCAUUGGAUUUGAAAUCAAGCCGUGCUGAAAACUUAAUAUCUGGCCUAAGAAGAAAAAUUAAAAAAAAAAAAAGAAAAAAAAAAGAGAGAGGAAAGAACGAAAAGAUUAGAUCACCAAUGGGCCUUUCUGUGAAAAUCAUGCAGCUGUUUCAUAUAUAUUAUUGAGUCUACAGGUUUGGUGAUUUCUUUUUUCUGUUUGUUUUUUCAUUUAUUUUCCUUCUUUCCACUUUAGUCUUUCAGUGAACACUUGUAUAUAGUUUGUAUGAUACUUGUUUCGAGCAGGAUACUAGUUGCAACUUGCGGGACAUUAUAUAGAAUUGGCUGGCACCCAUUUCAGUA